CCCUAAAAUCAUAUUGGUCUUCUUCUACGAUAAGAAAUUUCGAAAUUAAGAGAAACAAACAACAAUGCCAAACCCUAGAGUUUUCUUUGACAUGACAGUCGGCGGCCAACCGGCCGGCCGGAUCGUGAUGGAGCUGUUCGCCGAUGUCACUCCCCGCACCGCCGAGAACUUCCGUGCACUGUGCACUGGUGAGAAGGGAGUCGGCAGGAGCGGCAAACCCCUUCAUUACAAGGGUUCGUCGUUCCACCGUGUGAUCCCUAGUUUCAUGUGCCAGGGAGGCGAUUUCACCGCCGGAAAUGGUACAGGAGGUGAAUCGAUCUACGGCGCCAAGUUCGCCGAUGAGAACUUCAUCAAGAAGCACACCGGCCCUGGUAUUCUAUCCAUGGCGAAUGCUGGACCUGGAACCAACGGGUCUCAGUUCUUCAUUUGUACCGCUAAGACCGAGUGGCUCGAUGGGAAGCACGUCGUGUUCGGUCAAGUCAUUGAAGGCAUGGAUGUGGUAAAGGCCGUUGAAAAAGUCGGUUCAAGCUCCGGAAGGACCUCGAAAGCGGUUGUCAUUGCCGAUUGUGGCCAACUCUCUUAGAUUAGCCUAUGCUAGCUCCACCGCCGUCGUCUGCUCCGGCGAAAAUAGUAUCUAUGAUCAUUUCCUAUUUGCGUGUGUUGUUUUAACUUGCUCUGCGAAUAUGGGUCUGUGUGAGUCUCCUUUUUAGGGCUAUGGGUCAUGGGUUUAUGCUACUUGAGUUUAUGUGCAGCUGCCGUUUUACCUUUCUGUUAAAUGGCGGUUUUGCGGUGCUUCUUCCUAGACAUAAUUGGUUGUUCAAACCGAGGACCUUCAAUAAUAUGGCUGUGUCUUUAACUCA